AGAUUCGGGUUUACGUCUCUUCUGCAUAGUUGCAAACAUAACCUUCAAACAUCAAGAGUACUGCAAUCAGACGUGAAUCAUCAUAAGACAGGUAAAAUUAUCGUUAUAAAUUGUAAAUUUAAUAUUUUUCAUAGUUUGAAUUAGCCUAAUAAAACAGCUUUAGAAAAAAUUAUUGGUAAGUGAAUUUAUGAUAAUUAGAAAAUUUAGUCAAGCGGUGGACCUAAUACGUGGAUUCUGUCAUUAUAAAAAGGAAACUGCUGUUGGUGGUACUCAUUCUCUGUUUCUUUCAGAUCCUAGUAUACCUUUGUCUCUCCUUCGUCAAACCCUAAUCUUAUCUCCCUCUCUCGAGCGCCUCCUCUUAAAUUCUAGGGUUUCCACCACUUGUAGGGUUUCUUGUUACUCACGUUCUGUUGUUCUGUUGUUCUGUUGUGAAUCUUCUCUUCCUUGAAAGAUUUGAGAAUAACUUUCAUUACAGGUCAUCAAAAUAAAUAUAUUCAUUGGUAAUAAAAAGAAUUUAAAGAGGUGAGUAGUGAUUAGGUUGAUGAUAUAAACAGAGUCAUAGGUAGGUAACGUAGCAUGUGACUUAUCUUAUUUAGGGUUUAAUUGAUUUCUUUUUUUUCUAGAACUCUUACUUGCAGUAGAAGAAAUCGUUUGGUAAUGGAGAGAACUAAGGUGGAAGAUGAGUUAAAUGUCCGUGAGGCCAUGAGAGUGAAUCUCGGUAAAGCUAUUGACAAGCUUCACUCUCAGGCUUCUGAACUACUUGUCUUCACUCAUCAGUGGAGAGACUUGGAGGAUGAUUUGAAGUCAGUGCAAGGUCAAGUGGAGAAGAGGUUCAUGGAGUUGGAGUCAAGAGAGGCGGAGUUGCGAAACAGAAGCUUUGCUAUUGAUACAAUAGGUGAUUUAGAGGUGAAAGCUGAUGGGCUGAGGAGGGAGAUCAAAGACAAAGAAGAGGUUCUUAAGAUGUUGGUGGAAGAGUGUGCGGUCAAGCAAAGGUCAAAGGAAAGUCAACUUGAUGAGAUGAUGGAAUCUAUGAGGAAGACUCAGGCUGAGCUAGCACAGAUGGAGACUAAACUUGAGAGGCAUCGUGUUGAGGUCACUGUAGAGAUGAGGCAUUUGGGUAGGGCUCAAACUCUCAGGAGAGAGUUGGAAGAGGAGAAUGAGAGAAAGACAAGAGAUCUCACAUUGGUUCAGGAGAAAGUUGUGGAGUGUGGUAAGCUGCUUGAGACAAGGUCCUUGGAACUAACAAAGACUCAGGGUGAGCUUGGUUUGAAGGUGGAACAGUUAGGACAUGUAAAGAUUGAGCUUACCACUAAGAUGAAGCAUCUUGAGAGGAUUCAAACACGCAAUAGAAAACUGGAAGAUGAUAUAGAGAGGAAGAGGAAGGAUCUUGCAGCGGUUCUUGAUAAAACUGCAGAAUGUGGGAAGAAGCUUGAGGCAAGGUCCUCGAAACUUGUUUCUAAAGAGAAAAAGUUGCAAGAACUAAGUCUGGACAUUGACCUGAAGGAAGAUAUAGCCAUAUCACUAGACAAGGAGAUGGAGAAGACUUGUCAAAAUACAGAAUCAAAAGCUAAGGAGCUGGAGAACAUUGAAAGGAUGAUUCAUGAACAGAGUGGACACUAUGAAUCAAUAAAGCUGUUGAUUCAGGAACACACUGAAGAACUUGCUUCCAAAGAGAAGAGACACAAAGAGAUCACAGAGGCUAUUCAUAAACUAUCUUGCAAGCAACUUUCAAAAGAGGAAAGAUGCAUUGCUGAGCAUGAGUCAACAGAAAAGGAGUUAAAGUCUUUGAAAGCAAUACUCACUGAGAGAGAUAAACAAAUUGAAGAAGGUGAGAAGCAAUUACAGUACUUGAGUCACUCCAAUAAUGAACUUAUCAGAAAACUCACUGGGAGACAAGAACAGUUUCGUUCAAGACAGAGCUCAACAACUGAUCUUAUAGCUGAGCAAGAUUCAGUUAAAAAGAAGCUUAGGUCUGUGAAAGAUGCAUUCAGACAGUGUAGCCAAAACCUGUGUAACAAAGAGAAGGAGUUGAAGUCUUUAGAGUCAGUACUCACUGAGAGAAACAAACAAGUUGAGGAAGGAGAGAAGAAGAUACAAGAUUUGAAUAACUCCAAUGAGGAACUUGUGAGACAAGUCAAUGUGAGACAAGAACAAGUUUGUUCAGUCGAAAAAGCGAUAAGGGAAUCCACAGAUAAGUUGGGAGCUAAGAGGAAAUAUUGUGAACAGGUUCAAAGAUCAAUUACUGACCUAACUGUUGUGCUGAAAUCAAAAGCAUGUCAUCUUAGUUCCGUCAAGAAAAAGAUUCAAGAAAGCUUGGAAGACUUGCAAUCAAUAAAGGAGCAGAAGGUCAGGCUAAAAGCAUCAUUGAUGGAACAUGAGCAAGGACUUGAACUGAAACAAAAGGAGCUUGACGAAAAAGAUCAGAAACUGAAAGCCACAGAACAGGAGUUGGCUAAAUGGGUUAAGGAUUAUGAUGCGGUAGCAAAGCAGUUGUCUAACCUUUGUCAAGAAAGAAACAUGGAUGUCCACAAACCAACAGGGAACUCAAGGAAACGUGGGAGAUAUGAUGAGUCACUAUCUCAGUCCUUAGAUGUAGAGACUCAUGGGAAAGAAAACACUUACAACUUUGAGAACCGGAGAUCUCAGGACAAGUUCAAGAUUGAUCAAAUAUGGGCUGUUUAUAGCGAAGGGAUGCCAAGAAAGUAUGCUCAGAUCAAGAGAAUCGACACAAGCCCUGAGUUCAAGCUACAUGUAGCACCUUUAGAGCUGUAUCUCCCUCCCAACCUCAUGACACAUCCAGUUUCCUGUGGCCGCUUCAGGUUGAAAACUGGUAUAGCAGAAGUCCUUGCACCUAGCAGCUUCUCACAUGAGGUUAAAGCAGUGAAGAGUAAUGUAAACAGAUUUGAAGUAUAUCCAAGAAAAGGUGAGAUAUGGGCUUUGUACAAAAACUGGAAUAUUACAAACUGUGCUGAUGGGUCUGAAGAGGAAGAUCUUGAGAUUGUGGAAGUUGUGGAAACUAAAGAGCAGAGCAUACAAGCAAUGCUUUUGACUGCUAAAGUGUUUAGCAAGGUUCUAUAUGGAAGGUGUCUUGAGUCAAAGGAUGGUUUUGUAGAGAUCCCAAAGAAGGAAGUGAAUAGAUUCUCGCAUCAGAUUCUAGCGGUCAGACGUGAGAGGAGUGCAACUCGGCUUGGAGAUUGCGAAUGGUGGGAGGUUGACUCUAAAGCAGUUCUUGAUCUUAACCCAAAGAAGCAUAAGAGCAUCACUAUAGGUACAAGCUCUUCCCCAAGUCUCUCAAGUAUUUAAUGUCAAUAUAAUAAGUUUUAAAAUCAUCUUUUACUAGAAAAAAACUAUGAUGGCUUAUACCAUGACAAAUAAGCAUUAGAGUUUCCCAUCAUUUGUUUUGAGUCUCUCGUUAUCUUUGCUUUCUCUCCUUUUUCUUCUUCUAUAUUUCAGUUUUUUAAAAGUUUUUAAUCAGAAGAAACUUGGUGAGAUACCACCAUUGCUCAUGUUUUAUGUCUUUUUUCUUUUGGUAUCGCAUAUAUCUGUCUAGUUUCGACAUGACGGUAGAAUGUGAUUCAAAGUUAGAGCUUAAUAAUUAUGUUUUAGGAAGCAACAAUUAGUAAUUUUUGGCUGUUGGCAUAAAAAAAUUUGUGCCUUUGUAGUUAUCAAUUUUGUUUGUUUACCAAAAUGAGGGGGCUCUAUCUCUUCUCUCUAUCUUAGAGAGAGAGAGAGAAAGCAAUUGUUAUCUUUUGCUAUUUUUGAUUUUCAGAUCUAAAUCAAAUCUAUUUUCGUGCAUGUGUAGAUUAUUUUGUUGAAAUACUUUUUUCCGUUUAUCGGAUUAGUUUUUUGUUUAACGGAUUAAGGUUUCCAUUUCUUGGAUUUUUUUUUCUCUCUGUUCUUUUUCACAUGCCGGCUAAUUCUUUUCGGAUGAUUUACCAAUUACAAUAGAUCUCAAGUGGUUUUCAUCGUUUUGCUCACAUCUCUAUGUCAACGAGAAUACAUAUUUGUUUCCUUAGAUGGAAUUGUCAAAAUCUCUCAUUUGGGUAUUGAAUCGAAUUUGAUUGAUUAAGUUUUGAUAAUAUAAUCCAAAAUCGGUAAAUAUAAGGUUUUCUCUAGAAAAAUGUCUCAACGAAAACUAUGUUAUUAAAUCAUCUUGUUGGUUUUCACUUGUUUGAUAAUUAAGAUGAAGAACAUCUCAACACCAAAGGUGAUUUCAGAAGAAAAAGUAGUCAAAUGGAUUGGAAGAAAAGAUGGUAUGCGUCAUGAUGCCUCUCAUGAAAUUUCUCCAUAAUUGGGUCUAUAUGAGCUCUUCUCCGGCGGAAACACCGAUCGAUGAUGUGUCAAUUUUUUAACUCUCUCGAAAACAUUUAAGAAACAUAUGUUUGGUCUUCAUUUAACCUUAUCAAAUGUUUCUUUUGGGGGUCAUGAUUUGUCUUACUACUAUCUUGUAGUAUGCUAUAAACCAUCAAAUCAACUUAUAUUAAUUUGCUUUUGUGGCCUUAUCUUGGUUUAAAAUAGCAAAGAUAAGUUAGUGUGAAGAAGGUCUCGAAUCUCGCCAACCGCCAUAGCGAUGAAAGGUGAUCGCCAUAGCGAUGAAAGGUGAUCGCCAUGCGUAUGCAUUACAUAAUACUCCAUUUUAUGUUUAAUGAGUUUCCAAGAUAUCCCCUAUAUAUUAAUUGAGAAACAUUUGAAAAGAUGUAACCUCAAUUUUGUAUUAAUUAAAAUAGGGCCCAAUGCAUAGGUGGCACUCAAUUAGGUAGUCAAUUACAUUCAAUUGAAAAAUAAGUAGGUCCACAUUCGAUUUUUAUAUGUUGUUAGAUACAUAAGUUGGUCAAACUAUAUGAUAUAAUGAUA